AUGGCAAAAGAGAGAAACAGUGCCGUCGAGUCCUGCCUGUCCCACGGGCUAAAGCGAAGGACUCUCGGACUCUUCAAGACGUCCUCGACCACCGCGCUCAUUCACAAGGUCGGCAAGUCCUUCGAGCCGGCUUCUAAGGUGUCCAAGAUCGUGCAGGACCUCGAGUGUACGGAGCUCGGGAGACGCAGCAGCGGCAGCGGUGACUCGAGCUCCCGCCUGGGGAAGCCGCCCCUCGUCAAGAAGAACUCGGGGCCGGCGGCGGCCAGCCAGAGGUACCUGUGGAUUCGGGUCGCGCUCUUCGAGAAGGUGCUCGCCAAGAUCAUCGACUACCUGGUCCAGAAUAGCAACAAAUACUACGAGCGGGAUUCCCUUGUGGCGGACCCCGACUACGGCACCAUCCUCAGCUCGCUUCUCGUGGGUCCGUGCGCCCUGGACUACAGCAGGAUGAAGACUGUGGACCACCUGUGGACGGACCCCCCCGCCGACGAGCUGGUUCAGAGACACAGGAUUUCGUCGGGGCAUUUCUCGGGCCCGGCCACGCCCCCUCAGCCCCGGACGCGACCCGGCCUGCACUACCGCAAGCCCGUGGGCGGCAGCAGCGAGGAAGUGGGCGGGCCUCAGCGCAGCGCCCCCGUCAACGCCCGGGAUUACGUCGAGAGUCUGCACCAGAAUAACAAGGCGACGCUGCUCUACGGGAAGAAUAAUGUGCAUGUGCAGCCAAAGGAGCAGAUGGAAGCCAUGCCGGGCUACAUGUCCCUCCACCAGACGACGGAGGGCCUGGUCAUCAAGUGGACGCCCAACCACCUCAUGAACGGCUGCUGCCCGGACACCGCCGAGGACAAGAGGUGGUCAGGCCGUCGUCACAGUCUGACCUGCUUAUCCGAACUGCACGUGAAGCCCCGGAGACCUUCGUUCAUAAGGCGCUAUUCCGAGAUUCCGCGGCUCAUUUACUGGGAAUACGCUCUCAAUGUGCGUGUAGAUGAGAUAGUCUACGUUCACUGUCAUCAACAAGGAGACUCCGGAGGCACCAUCGUCCUCGUGGGGCAGGACGGGACGCAGCAUCCCCCGAUCCACUUUCCGAAGGGCGGCCACCUCCUAGCCUUCUUGUCCUGCUUGGAGAAUGGCCUCCUGCCGCACGGGAGACUCGACCCGCCGUUGUGGUCGCAGAGGGGCAAAGGCAAAGUGUUCCCAAAACUCCGCCGAAAGGCUCGUGCACUCACCAGCAAACAGAGUGGAACAGACAGUGAAGAUGAGGAAGCUACUGAUUAUGUCUUCAGGAUCAUCACAGCUCUGAAACCUGAUCGCAUUUCACACCUGGAACUGAUGUCUCCACUUCUUCGUGGAGGCUCAGGCUGGCUACCACGUGUUCCCAAGCUCUCGUCUCACUCCUCAUCUACCUCCUCCUCCAAAUCACUAAGUCUUGGGGACUCUAUGAGUGAAGUCCUACCCCCUCCUCCUACACCUAACCCCAGUGUGGAUGUGCCUGCACCCCCACCAGAGCAAGUCAGUGUCAAGGGAACAAGUAAUACUGCAACUGAAAAGAACAGUGAUUCACUGGAGCUUCUGUGUGCCACAAUGAAGCAUCAAAUAAUUUCACGGGCAUUUUAUGGGUGGUUAGCCCAUUGCCGACAUCUCAGAACAGUUCGUACUCAUUUGGCUGGCUUGGUGUUGCCAUCAGCCUCGACACCACCACACAAUCCUGAGUGGGAGGAAGGAGUGACGGAGGAUGUGUGGAAGGCAUUGCACAUCGAUGGUAGAUUGACCAAGCAGGAGGAACUGCUUGCCCGGGUGUACCUUGGGGGCGUUUCUUCUCAGAUCAGAAAGGAGGUUUGGCCUUAUCUUCUUAAUCAUUAUGACUUCGGAAGUUCUGUUGAGGAAAGGGAAGAACAGGACCGACGGAUCCGGCAGACUUAUGAAACAACAAUGUCUGAGUGGCUGGCUGUUGAAGCUAUUGUGAGGCAGAGGGACAAGGAGAUCAUGGCAAUGAACAUGGCCAAAUUGUCUUCUGAGUCACAAAAUGGAGAAAUACCUCUUGUAGGAAGAGACAGAUCCCUCAGUAAUGAGGUAUUUGAACCUGACACUCUCAGUAUUGGGUCAGUAGACAAUCCUGGUAUCGUGCAAGAGGAAGAUGAAGAUCUUGAUGACUUCAGUCAUAUAGAGAACAACCGAGAUGCUGACAAGGAAAGCAUUGACAUUGAUCCAGAAACCAGCCAGACUAAUCACAAUAAUAUGAUUAAUAACGAGCAAAAUGAUGAAGAAAGUGGAAGCAGCAAAGAGAAGACGCGACAAGAAAGUAAAGAGGAUGACACAGCAGAAGUAACCAGCCCAACAUGUGUGGUGACUCCAGACGAGGGUGUUGUAGAGGGCACUGAUGAUGGUGUGGAAAUGGACAGCUUGGGGGACUUUCCUGCGGCAAAUGAUUCCACAAAUGGAACUCCAGCCUGUGCUAGAGCCUCCUUCACCGAGGAGACAUGUAUUCCUCCCACAACCACCCCAGUUAUAGUUAGCAAAGCCUCCCUUGACAGUGGCAGCCACUCUGACGUAGUGAAUGGCGCAGAGGAGGAGGCGGCAGCAGAUGAUGAAGUGAAGGGCAUCACAGGGAGCGGGACCGGGGACGAGCUGGCCAAGGAGAAUGGGGAGACAGCCACUUCAGACACCUGGGGGGGUGGCAGUGAGGACAAGAACAUGGACACCUUGGCUGUUGAGGAGAACCAGGACGGACACAGUUUGGAGUCCAGAUCCUCGUGCAUCUCCCCUGCCUCAUCUCAGGGGGGCGUCUAUUCGACGGAGCUUCUAGAGACCUUCGGCCUAAAUCUUCACCGCAUAGACAAGGAUGUCCAGAGGUGUGACAGGAACUACUGGUAUUUCACAACAGAUAAUCUUGAAAAGUUGAGGAAUGUCAUGUGCACGUAUGUUUGGGAACACUUGGAGACUGGGUAUAUGCAAGGCAUGUGUGACCUUGUUGCUCCACUGCUCGUUAUCUUUGAUGAUGAAGCAGCAACUUACUCCUGUUUCUGCCAGCUCAUGGCCCGCAUGUCCCACAAUUUCCCCAAUGGUGGAGCGAUGGACCAGCAUUUUGCCAACAUGAGAUCCCUGAUUCAGAUUUUGGAUUCAGAGAUGUUCGAACUAAUGCACCAGAAUGGAGACUACACACACUUCUAUUUCUGUUAUCGCUGGUUCCUUUUAGAUUUUAAAAGAGAAUUAGUUUACGACGAUGUUUUCAUGGUGUGGGAGGCCAUCUGGGCAGCGCGUCACGUCUCCUCGGCCCACUUCGUUCUCUUCAUUGCCCUUGCGCUUGUGGAGUAUUACCGAGACAUUAUCCUCGAUAACAACAUGGACUUUACAGACAUCAUCAAGUUUUUCAAUGAAAUGGCAGAACGUCACGAUGCCAAGAUUGUCCUCCAUACCGCGCGGAACCUGGUCCUGCAACUUCAGACUCUAAUUGAAAACAAGUAGAGAGCUUGGUGUGUCUCAUGUGCCAAAUCUACAUAUGUUUCACUUUCGUAGAUACAUUUAUUGUUUACCAAUUAAUGAAGAGGCGUAACUGUACUUCAUUGAAAGAUGCAAUGCCUUUGUAUUUGCUAAAGUUAUAUAUAUGUGUGUAUAUAUAUAUACAUAUAUAUAUACAC